AUGUUUCUGCCACGCCUCGCAGUGGCAGCCCUCGCAGGUGCUGGCGUCACAAACGCUCUCUACAGUAUCGCGACAAACGCCGACAUCAAGCAGACAGCCGCAGAUAUCGCAUGGGACCUGUUGCAAUACUAUCAUGGCAACGAGUCGGGUCAGACACCAGGAAUCCUGCCCGGGCCGCCUCCGGCAGGCGAUUAUUACUGGUGGGAGGGCGGUGCCAUGUGGGGGACGUUGAUCGACUACUGGAAACUGACGGGCGACGACACGUACAACGACCUGAUCAUGCAGGCGAUGCUCUGGCAGGUCGGUCCGAACAAGGACUACAUGCCGCCUAACUACACAGCAUCACUCGGCAACGACGACCAAGGCUUCUGGGGGAUGUCGGCCAUGUCGGCCGCCGAGAAUAACUUUCCGAACCCGCCAUCGGACCAACCGCAGUGGCUGGCGCUCGCUCAAGCUGUCUUCAACACCAUGGCAAAUCCCGAUCGGCACGACGACACAUGCGGCGGCGGCCUGAGGUGGCAGAUCCCGGUAGUGAACAACGGAUACAACUACAAAAAUAGCAUCGCAAACGGUGUUUUCUUCAACAUAGGUGCGAGGCUCGCUCGUUAUACCGGCAACAAGACCUAUUCCGACUGGGCAGAAAAGACAUGGAACUGGGUUAGGGGCGUGGGUUUGAUGGACGACAAUUACAACAUCUACGACGGCGGCCACGUCGAGUACAACUGCACCGACAUCAACAAAGCGCAGUUCUCGUACAACAACGCCGUCUAUCUCUUAGGAGCUGCCCACAUGUACAACUACACAAACGGGAGCGAUGUGUGGAGGGGCAGGCUGGAGGGCAUCAUCAACGCAACAAUCAACACAUUCUUCAAGGACGGUGUUGCGUAUGAAAUUGCCUGUGAAGAGCACAUGUCGUGCACCACGGACAUGCUUAGCUUUAAGGGAUACCUCCACCGGUGGAUGGCAACGGCCACCACGAUCGCGCCCUUCAUCAAGGAGCGGGUUCUGAACGUCCUCAACACGUCAACCGCGGCUGCAGUGGCCACAUGCACGGGCGAGGCAAACCAGCGAACGUGUGGCUUCAAGUGGAGCACAAAGACGUACGACGGGAGUCACGGGGCGGGCCAGCAGAUGAAUGUACUAGGGGCGGUGUCGUCACUCCUGAUCGACACUGUUUCGCCACCAUACACGAAUAACACGGGCGGUACCAGCAAGGGCGAUUACAAUGCAGGUGCGCACUCCGACUCGUUCAAUUCCAAGCCAAGCCCCCCAUCAGUGGGGGACAAGGCAGGCGCGAGCAUCCUGACUAUCGUUAUCUUGAUUUCGGCGAUGAGCACUUUUGGGUGGAUGAGCACGGGCAUAUCGGAGUAG